AUGUCUUACCAAGAACAGCAAUGUAAGCAGCCUUGCCAGCCUCCUCCUGUGUGCCCAUCCCAGAAGUGUCCUGAGCCCUGUCCUCCUCCAAAGUGCCCAGAGCCUUGUCCUCCUCCAAAGUGCCCAGAACCUUGUCCUCCCCAAAAGUGCCCAGAGCCAUGUCCUCCUCCAAAGUGCCCUGAACCGUGCGCUCCUCAGCCAUGCCAGCAGAAAUGCCCUCCUGUCCAAACUCCUCCACCAUGCCAGCAGAAAUGCCCACCCAAAAGCAAGUGAAAGCUUUAGCAAUCAUCAAGACCAAGAGAAGACAAGGUGCAUCAUGUACUUCCAAAGCAACACCUCCAUCUUCCCUUCAAAACCUCUCAUGGAUGCAGAAGAACCUUCCCCACCCUUUACCCUCCCUCUACAUACCACUGAUAAUUUCUGAUUGGAAAAGAGCUUCUCUGAGUGUAUUCCCCUGCUGCUAUCAAGAGAUUGCCAGAAAUGGCCCUUUGGUAGUCUAGUAUUCCUGAUGCUCAGAAGGAAGAAUAGCAGGUGGUGUCCCAAUGCCCUCAGUGGAACCUUCUCACUGUUCCUGUCACUUAGGCAGGGGAUUACACAACUUGGACAAUUGUUACUGAUGUAAUAAAAAAAUUUUAAAAA